CAGCAAAAACAUUAAAAAAAAUCAAUAAACUAAGGUAUUGUGUGUCCCACUACAACUAAAAAACUAUUUUUUUAAAAAAGAAAGAAUUAAAGAAACUCAAAAAUCACAGCUGAUUUUAAGCUGUACAAAAACAGUUGUUUCCCUUUCUUUAUACUUGCUCGACUUCAUAAAGAGAAUUUAAACAAUAUUGUGACUUUAUUUUCCUAUAGAAUAAUUCUCAGAACAUCCCAAUCUCUGUCUUCAAACAUAAUAAAAAAUAAAAUAAAAUAAAAUAAAAACACCUUAAACAGAGACAAAUCACUAAGCAGUUCCUGUUCUGCACACAGCUCCAAGGGCGUAGCCCCUAACCACUAGAAAAAGAAGGAAGUUCCAAGACAUUAAAUACUGGGACCAGCUUCCCUAGCUCAGCCUUGUGGUCUGACUUCCCCAUCAACAUGAAGGCUUUUCUGAUUCUGGGGCUUCUUCUCCUUUCUGUCACAGUCCAGGGCAAGGUCUUCGGAAGGUGCGAGUUGGCCAGAGCUCUAAAAAGAUUUGGAAUGGAUGGCUACCACAGAAUCAGCUUGGCAAACUGGGUGUGUCUGGCCAAAUGGGAGAGUAGUUACAACACCAGAGCUACAAACUACAACCCUGGAGACCAAAGUACUGACUAUGGGAUAUUCCAGAUCAAUAGCCACUACUGGUGCAAUGACGGCAAAACCCCAGGAGCAGUUAAUGCCUGUGGUAUAUCCUGCAAUGCUCUGUUGCAAGAUGACAUCUCUCAAGCCGUAACUUGUGCAAAAAGGGUUGUCCGUGAUCCACAAGGCAUUAGAGCAUGGGUGGCAUGGAGAAACCAUUGUCAAAACCGUGACCUCACUCAGUACAUUCAGGGGUGUGGAGUGUAACUGCAAAAUUUUCCUUCCUUCUUCAGUUCAUUUUGUCACUUUGCCACAUUAAGGGACACACUGCCACUAGUGUAAUGUGUCACACUACCAUUGUUUCCCCUUCAAACAAGUAGCAUUUUUACAGAAGCAGGAACAAAAUAUAGCCUUUCUCCUAAGAGCCAUACCUUUCAUAAUUUGUGUUUUACUUAAUAGUAACCCCCCAUUUUCAGCUUACUAAUAAAGCUAAUGGUGGUGAAAACUUACCUACAACCUUGAUUAUCAAAUAAUCUACAGUACAUUCAGUUUUUAUUAUAGAUAUAAUCAAGACUUAAUCUUAAAUGAUACGAGUAUUUCCCAGUAUCAGACAAUAAUACAACAACAGGCUAUCUAAAAACCCAUGGAAUUUAGGCAAAAUCCAAGCUGUAUAGCAUCUAUAUAGUCAUCUCCAAAAAUAGGAAAAAUAACCACUCUUUUGGGCAAUAUAAAAUUCUUAGAGGCGUGGAAAGCCCACCCUUAAAAGUGAAGACUGACUGAAGGAAGAAUGUGUUUGCACAAAGUGUGUGACCUUCUGUUUAAGAAUUUUCAUAAAAAAAGUUCCAUUUAUGCAGCUUUACAAACAGACUCACAAUUUAUAUAUCAAUCUGUUUUAAGCUUUGAAAGAACACUUACCUGCAUCUGACUGAUCAUGAAGCCAUUAAGGAGGGAUUAAAUGGGCUGUUGCUAUUCCCCAAUUUUACUAACUUAAAUUCAUGCAUUUCAUCUAAAUCUGAGACAGAUAAGCUUGCAUUACUAAUUAACCACAGGAGUGAAAUUAUGCAUACUGUAAAAAUACAAAUGUUAUCAUUAAAUGGUUGCAUUGCA